AUGAAUCGAUCUCGUCAUCCAGUCGAGGCAUAUUAUAAUCGUGAUAUAUCUAUACAUAAACCUGGUGUUAUACCAAAAUCAUCUCGUAUUAUUUCACCAAUAACAUCAAAUUAUCAUAAAUAUGAUUUAAAACAACGACUUUAUACAAGUAAAACUGUUGAAUCUUGGUUUGCAAAUCAUUCAUCACAAGAACGUCAAGUGGUUUAUAGUUUUCUUGAUACACUUUAUAAAGAUGAUCGUAAAAAUGAAAAUAAAGAACAACGUCAAAAAUCCGCAAAUCCUCGAUUAUCUCAUCGAAUAAAUACAGCUUCAAAUCGUUCAUCACAACAACGAUUAUCUCAAAGUAGUCAUCGAGAUAGUCAAUCAUCAAAACGUGAUCUUGGAGAAGUUGUUCAAUCAUUAGAAAGUCUUCGUCCUUCAACAUCUGUUCAAGAAAAAGGUAUUCAAACAUCUUCAACAGUUCCAUUACCUGAUGUAAAUGAAUCUAAAUCAGAAACAAUUCGAACUGAAAAUUCUUCUAAUAAUGAAUCGAAUAUAAAUGAUAGAAGAUCUCGACGUUAUCUUUCCCAAACAUGGCGUGUUAUUAAUCCACGUGAAGAUAUUGAACCUAGUGUUCGUCCUGAUAGUAAUACAUCAUCAUUUUUUCAAUAUACAAAAAAAACUUUUCCAGAAUAUUAUUUUAUUCAUCCUCAUUGGUAUUAA